CUUUGAAGGGAAUUGAAAGAAAUCGAGGCAUCCAGUCCAUGGGUGAUUCUACCCCAAAUCUGAGUGCCCUGCCCGUCCAUGGAGCGAUGCUGUACCAAAUUGCUAGCGGAAAAAGAAACUGAUGCUGCCGCCCCAAAUUUGAGUGCCCUCCCGUACAUGGGGAGAUGUUGUACCAAAUUUUUUUGCCGAGGGCAGGACAUGCGCUGCGGAUCAGGUCUUGCCCACCAGCGAGGCCGUCCAUUGGCGCUCGGACAUAUAGCUUUGUGAUUUGGUUGAGGGGCCAUCUUCUCUGUGUUGUUCCUGUCGUCUUAGGCUGCAGACGUACUGACAGUACAAAUGGCCAUUUUGAGUCACUUGGUGACAUGAUGAUUCGAGGUAUGUAUACCUUGUCGCCGACGUGUGUUCCUGUGAUUAUUUGUGUCUCGAUGUAUUUGUUUCCAAGUUGUGUAAUUGUCAUUGUUGUACCAUUGCAUAAACCUGCUGCUUGGUUGAUGUUGCGUAGUAGCAUUACCGGCAAGCCCACCUUCAGUGUUAACUUAUGGUCUGGGAUUCCUGGGGAUGUCAAGGUGUUGAGGAACUCAGUAGGCUGCAUGUUCAUCAUGAUGUUGGUGUUUGUCGUGGCCUUGCACACUGUGUCCAGGCUUAGGUAAUCCCGCUCACAGUAUUUUUGCAGUAAGUUUGGGUAUAUGCUUUUGACGAUUUGUUCCUUACGAUUUUCUCCUUUCUCUAGCAGUAGGUCCUUUGGUAUUUUUAUCCAAUCCUCUCCUUCAUCUGAUGUUGUUUUCCCAUCGCCAAUCUGUAGUAUCCACUCUGCAAAUUCAGCUACUUUUUGCUUUUGUAUUGGAUCAUCCGACAAACACUUCAGCCGCAUGUUUUGUGUUAACUCAAAUAUUUCAAAGUGUUUCCACAGAUAUGACCUUUUGAUUGAAGCAUUAACUAUCUGCUCUCUCCUUCCUUUGGUUAUAACUGGCAGGAUUUGUCUGAAGUCGCCUCCUAGUAUAACUGUCAUUCCACCAAAUGGCUUUUCAUUGCUGUUUUCAUUAGUGAACCUGAGAAUAUCUCUAAGGCUUUUGUCUAGUGCCUCAAAGCAGUGUUUGUUUGCCAUAGGAGCUUCGCCCCACAAUAUAAGUGAUGUCUUCUUUAGCAAUUCAGCCAAAUGCGACCCUUGUUUUAUUUCACACGUUGAUUCUUCAGUGAUAUUAAGUGGAAUGCGGAACCUUGAGUGUGCCGUUCUCCCACCUUGGAGAAGCAACGCUGCAAU